UCCCCUCUCAUACAAUUACUUCAAGCCUUCUCUAUUUUUCUUGAGAGACAAACACUAACGCACUCUUUCAAUCCUUGAUAUAAGAAAUGGCUCGUACAAAGCAAACAGCAAGGAAGUCCACCGGAGGCAAGGCGCCGCGAAAGCAGUUGGCCACCAAGGCUGCUAGGAAGUCAGCUCCGGCGACCGGAGGAGUGAAGAAACCUCAUCGUUUCAGGCCAGGAACUGUGGCCUUAAGAGAGAUCAGGAAGUACCAGAAGAGCACUGAGCUCUUGAUCAGGAAGCUUCCAUUUCAAAGGCUGGUGAGAGAAAUCGCACAGGAUUUUAAGACCGAUUUGAGGUUCCAGAGCAGCGCCGUCGCGGCUCUUCAAGAAGCUGCCGAAGCUUAUCUAGUCGGUCUAUUUGAGGACACAAAUCUCUGCGCAAUUCACGCCAAGAGAGUCACUAUCAUGCCUAAAGAUAUUCAACUUGCUAGGAGGAUUAGAGGUGAGAGAGCCUAGAGAAGUAUUAUAAGUUGAAUAUCU